AGCUCCGGGUGGGCGAAGCUGGCUCCGGCUACGUCCUGGCCCUCCAGUCCCGGGGGUGCAGGGCCGCAGUCACGUGCCGGGGAGCGAGGGCAGACGGGGCGGCGCUGCAUGGGGAAGGGCCGGCCCUGGUCGGGGCCCGAGACUACAGAGCCUUGCGAGGGAGUGAACGGGCUGUCUGCGUUGUGGACGUGUGAUCGCCAUCACCUUCCGCCCCAUCACUGCCCUUACCAUGAACCCAGAUUUGCGCCGGGAGCGGGACGCUGCUAGCUUCGACGCAGAGAAACUUACUCAUAUCCUGGAUGGAGGCCCCGAGAGGACCCGGCGUCGCCGGGAGAUCGAAAACUUGAUUCUGAAUGAUCCAGACUUUAAGCAUGAAGACUUGAAUUUCCUUACCCGAAGCCAGCGCUAUGAGAUAGCUGUCAGAAAGAGUGCCACCAUGGUGAAGAAGUUGCGAGAUUUUGGCAUUGCUGAUCCGGAGGAGAUCAUGUGGUUUAAAAGACUACAUAUGAUCCAUUUUGUGGAACCUGUUGGCCUCAAUUACUCCAUGUUUAUCCCUACCUUGCUGAAUCAGGGCACCACUGCUCAGCAACAGAAAUGGCUGCCUCCAUCCAAAGGACUCGAGAUAAUUGGCACCUACGCCCAGACCGAGAUGGGGCACGGAACUCAUCUUCGAGGCCUGGAAACCACAGCAACUUAUGACCCUAAAACACAGGAGUUUAUUCUCAACAGCCCUACUGUUACUUCCAUUAAGUGGUGGCCUGGUGGACUUGGGAAAACUUCAAAUCAUGCCAUAGUUCUGGCUCAGCUCUACACUAAGGGAGAGUGCUAUGGAUUACAUGCUUUCAUUGUACCUAUUCGUGAAAUAGGAACCCACAAACCUUUGCCAGGCAUUAUUGUUGGAGACAUUGGGCCCAAAUUUGGCUAUGAUGAAAUGGAUAAUGGUUACCUAAAGAUGGACAACUAUCGAAUUCCUCGGGAAAACAUGCUAAUGAAGUAUGCCCAGGUCAAACCUGAUGGCACAUAUGUGAAGCCUUUGAAUAAUAAACUGACUUAUGGAACCAUGGUGUUUGUCAGAUCCUUCCUUGUGGGAGAGGCAGCUCGAUCGUUGUCUAAAGCCUGCACUAUUGCCAUCCGUUAUAGUUUAGUAAGGCAUCAGUCUGAAAUCCAGCCAGGUGAUCCUGAACCCCAGAUUUUGGAUUUUCAGACCCAACAAUUUAAACUUUUUCCUCUCUUGGCCACUGCCUUUGCCUUUCAAUUUGUGGGAGCCUACAUGAAAGAAACCUAUCAUCGCAUUAAUGUGGACAUCAGCCAAGGAGAUCUUAGUGAACUGCCUGAGCUUCAUGCAUUGACAGCUGGACUUAAGGCUUUCACCUCUUGGACAGCUAAUUCUGGCAUUGAAGCCUGCCGGAUGGCUUGUGGUGGGCAUGGAUACUCCCAUUGCAGUGGCCUCCCAAACAUCUAUGUCACUUUCACCCCCACCUGCACCUUUGAAGGAGAAAACACUGUGAUGAUGCUUCAAACAGCUCGGUUUUUGAUAAAAAGCUAUGAUCAAGUACAUUCAGGAAAGUUGGUGGGCGGCAUGGUGUCCUACUUGAAUGACCUGUCUAGUCAACGCAUCCAGCCACAACAAGUGGCAGCUUGGCCAGCAAUGGUGGAUAUCAACAGCCCAGACAGCCUAACAGAAGCCUAUAAAUGUCGAGCGGCCCGAUUAGUAGAAGCUGCAGCAAGGAACCUUCAAGCUGAAUUAAAGCACAGAAAAAGCAAAGAGAUAGCAUGGAACUUAACCUCUGUGGACCUUGUUCGGGCAAGUGAGGCUCAUUGCCACUAUGUGGUAGUAAAAAUCUUUUCUGGAAAUCUCUCCAAAAUUGAUGACAAGCCUAUUCAAACAGUCCUGAAGAAUUUGUGUCUCUUAUAUGCACUGUAUGGAAUCAGUCAGAAUUCUGGGGACUUUCUACAGGGGGGGAUUUUGACAGAAUCCCAACUUACCCAAGUGAACCAGCGGAUGAAAGAGCUCCUGACCAUAAUCCGUCCCAAUGCUGCUGCUUUGGUGGAUGCAUUUGAUUUUCAAGAUGUUUCACUUGGCUCUGUACUUGGCCGCUAUGAUGGCAAUAUCUAUGAAAAUAUGUUUGAAUGGGCCAAGAAAUCCCCACUGAAUAAAACACAGGUCCAUGAAUCUUAUUACAAACACCUGAAGCCACUGCAGUCUAAGCUGUGAAAUCUGUUUAUGCUGUGCAACUCCAUCAGCUUCAGAACAUACAUGCUUUGCCUUCCUUUACACUGGAUGCAUAUAUCCUGAAUGAAAUCUUUAUCAAAUACGGAUAGCCUUAGAACAAAUAAUAAAUUCAUCCCUCAUCCUCUUUAUAAAUGAAGAAAAAUGAAAAUAUUUGGGAAAUUGAAAGAAAAAUGGAUGUGUCUUAAGUGCAAUUAAUAGUGAAAGAGACUUUUUAAGCAUUCAGAAAAGCUUUUUAAAAAUAUAGUAUGGCUUCUAUUCACAGUGCUGCUAAUUUCUGUGGUCCAUGACCUCUUUGAUAAUUAGCAGUUUUUAACUACUAAGUAGUUGACUUUUCAAGUUAUAACUGCUAAUCACUGGAUAUAUUUUAAGUGUGAAGUGUUUUUGAGCAAAAGAUAUAUUUUGAGGUGCAAAGAGAAUCUCAAUUUGCAGGCUUGCCUGCAAAUGUAUUACAACUCUUUUAAUCAUUCUACUAUUGGGACUUUCUUUAAAAGUAUGAGCUAAGGAACUAGAAUAGAGAGGGAAGGCCCAUCUAAAAAGUUAAAACCAUUGCUUUGUGGCUAAUGCCUUUUUCUCUUUUUCUUUUCUUCUUUGACAGAUAAUUACUAUGGACAAAAAAAUUUGCACUCCCCAGUAACAUUUCCCAGCCCAAGCAUUCUGUGGCAGUACCUUCCUAGUAUGAUUAGAAAUUGGCUUAUUGACCAAUAUUUAAUUUUAACUUAAAGAGCUGCUUUUCUAUUUAUAUCCUUCCCAUUGAGAAGCAGUGUUAACCUCUGUGAGGAUGAAGAAUAAAGUUAGCAUUUCAAAGUUAAAAUGACUCAAUGGCACCCUAAAUACAGUAGUGGUUGAUGCUGGGUCUCUUCCAAAGUGUAUGGAGGACAAAUCUUUUCUGAAUGCGAAUAGAGAACAGCUCUCCUGAGACACUGGCAGAAAAAACAAAAAAAGGAAAUGAAAAGCCACAUAGGUUAGCCACUCAUUUGGUGCAAGUGUGGUUUUUCUUUUCUUUGUGUUCUUAAGGAACUUUAUCUGAAGUGCUAAAAAGUCCCUUUCUAUAAAGUCUCAUUUGCACAGUUCUUCAGUAAAAAAGAUUUAAGGAUAUAGCUUUUAAUUGAAUUUUGUGAUUUGUGACAAUAUAAAAUAGCAAAAAUCACUUAAUUUUAUAUAUCUUUCUGUGACAGUUGCCUGGUGAAAUAUAAUCCUAGAAUUUUACUUAACCUGAAUAUAAGAUUGUAUAAAAACCAAGACAUCUUCAGAAUAUGUUAAAUCAAAUUUGCUAAAUAAAGAAUGACACUAAUGAAAUUUUCCCAGGUAAAACAGCUAGUUUCAGAAUCUCAAGUUUAAAAAUGUUAUUAUUGUUGACUCAAACUUUGUCUUUCUUAGAGGAAAAUUAACCAUACUUCUGUUAGUAUGACACUUAUAUUGUAGUUAGGAAGCAAUACUAUUCUAUUGUUAAUCAGGAAUGUAACCUAAGAUCUGAAUUAGUGGGGGAAAAGUGAAAGGAAAAAAAUCAAGGUGUUUAAUGUUAUUUGUAUUGCAAUACAGAACCAUUAUUUCUGUGAUAAUACUUAUAUGUAUUGUGCCAAGAUUUGUGUAAUGAUAGUAUUAAGUGGAUUGGAAUAAGACUUGGUAAACACUAUACAAUAGAUCUGUGAUCAUGAUAAACAAGUUUGAGGAGAUUGCAAAUAUCAGGAGGACUCUAAAAACCUAGUUUUGUCAAGUUUCAUUUCUUAAACUCAGGCAGGACUUUUUGUACUGUUUAAUUCACUAAGAUUCAGAUGCUUUGCAGCAAUAUAAUUAAUGCAAAUGGAGGUUUUUUUUUAAUUAAAAAUGAAUUUAAGAUGUAAAACCUCAUUAAUUUGGAAUCUGUCUCAGUAAAAACUAAAUUUUAUAAAACUUAAACUUUUCGUUCUCUUUAAGUGCAAAUAGUAGUACUAAAAGCAAAUAAAGUAGGACCUAAUUUAAAAAAAAAAUGAAUCAUUUAAUUUAAUCAUUGAAUUAAAUAGUUUUACAAAACUUAAUUAGCUUUUGUUAGAUAACACUGAUGCCUGCCUUUUGGGGAAAUGUUUUAUCUUGAUCAGUAUAGAAAAUUUAAAACUAAUGUGAAUUUAAUUCAGGUAAUUUUUUGAUUCACUGAUUAAUCUUCCCCAUUGGUAUUUUAAGAACCUGAAUUCUGUGUUUUUCUGUAUAAUGCAUGUUUACUGAGUAUUAUUUGGUAUUUGUUUUCGGCUUGAGUAAUCUCAGAGGACUUUGUCCAGAAACCCUUUAUAUUUGCAUUGCCCUUUAAAGUAGCUAGUCUUGUGAAAAACAGUUUUAACUUCAUUCGUAGAGAGUGUACUUGUUUAGUGUUAUGUAGCACAGUGACUGAAUCCAGGUACUUCAUAAUAGCUUUAAUCAGGUGCUCCCCUGUCAUAAAUUUGAAUUUGUCAUAUAUCUAUUAAUACAUCUGUUCCUUUGAAUGUUAAUAGUUACUAGAUUACAUCUUUUUUUUUUUUUUUUUUUUAAGGAGAAAGAGCUCUAAGUGGAAGCUUUUAUAAUUUUGAGCAUUUAGGGGUGAAAGUUCCUGUAAUUAUUAGGUUUCUUGCCCAGUUAAUUCCAAAGCCCUCUUCUUUUCAGUAUUUCAGAUUUUUUGUUUAUAUCUGAGAGCCUCAGAUUUUUUUAUGUUAAUAGGCUUUUACAACUUUAACAAUACUAAUAAUACUUUCUGAAAUCCCAGAUCCAGUCUCAAAAGAUGUGGGACUGGAUUGAAGUAACAUUAGGAAAUAUGCAUUUGGAAGACUUGAAAUCUGAAAGGGCUUCCUAUAACUCUGCCUGAUUACCGUGAUUUUGACUUGUUUUAUGAUCAGGUUUAAGACUUUAUUUUUAGAAACCAAAUCAACUUGUAAAAUAAGGACUUAAAAUAACUAAAGUUAGGUUUGGUGUUUGUUUUCUUAACUUAAUCUAGCCAAGUUUAUAUUCAAAUUUCCAGUACUGUUUCUAGGAUGAAGUCAGUAAACACUAUGAAUUAUGUAAGAAAACCUUUUAAGUGGGUAAGUUGAACUGUAACAGGUGAAAUGUAAAUUUUAAACUCAGUGAGCCGGGAAAACAUGUUUCCCUUAU